AGAUCGAGAUUCGAGAAGAAUGGAAUGUGAAUGGAAUUGGAAUUUGGAAAAGAUGAUGUAAAAAUAAUAAUAAUUGCAAACUUAAUUUUAAACAUAAUUUGAUCUCCGUGUGCUCCUGUAAUCUAAACCCAAGUCUGUAAAUAAUUUUAGUGAUUGUUAGAAAUUAAAGUUUGAGUGCCAUUACUAUAAUUAUAGUGCGUGAAAAAGUGCUCCUGGUUUUGAGGUUAUAGUCUUAUCUAACUUUUUCUAUAUUCAUUCUAAAUUAAAACAUGGAUGAAUAUUCGAGAGAACCUUGCCCUUGGCGUAUAUUGGAUGAUUCCGGCGGCGCGUUCCUGAUGGGAGCUAUUGGUGGAGGAAUUUUUCAUUCAAUAAAAGGCUUUAGAAAUGCUCCUGUAGGGUUCAGUAGAAAAAUGCUCGGAAGUUUGGCAUCCAUGAAGGAGAGGUCACCCAUUACAGCAGGGAGCUUUGCUGUGUGGGGAGGAAUGUUCUCGACCAUUGACUGUUCUCUGGUGUAUUUACGACAAAAAGAGGACCCAUGGAACUCCAUCAUGAGUGGGGCACUUACUGGUGGCAUAUUGGCAGCGAGAAAUGGGGUACCAGCUAUGGCAGGCAGUGCUUUAGUUGGUGGCAUCCUUCUCGCCCUGAUUGAGGGUAUUGGUAUAAUGUUGACGAGAAUUUCAUCAGAACAGUUUAAACCACAGCAGCCAAUCUUUGAAGAUCCCUCAGUUUUAGGCCAGAGUCAAGGUCAAGGGCCAAGUUUCCAAUAACCUAUUAUUGUUAGUAAUAUUGUACAGUUAAAAUGAUAUGCAAAAUUUAGAAUACCAAUACAUAAUUGUAUUUAAAUAUUUUCAUUUUACAAAUAAUAUAUUGGAAAACCAAUUCAUAAUUAUAAUUAUUAAUUUUCUGCCACAAGGAGUUGAUUUCAAUGUUUUUGGUACAUUAAAAUUACUUAGUAAAUAGAUCCAAAUAAAAUAUUUUCCAGAAAUAACUCAGUAAGAAAUAAUAUGUAAUUUAACUGUACAAUCUUAUUCCAAAAUAUUCUUGCCGCUGGCAAUAAAUUUAUUUAAUUUGUUAAUUAUUUUUUUUAAAUGAAUCACUACCCUAAAUUUCAAAGAGUGAAUUAUUUGCAUCUGUGAUAUUUUCAGUUCCAUGCUGACUGCUAAUAAUUUCACUAAAAAAUAUUAAUUUGUGAACUUAGUUAUGUUUUAAAAUGAAAACAAAUGUAUAUUAUUUAAAACAAUGCAUCAUAAUUUGUGUUAGCAAUUUUGCAAUAUAACUUAUUUAUUUGUUCCCCAUAUAGUUGUCUUGUUUUGUGUAAAUUGUAAAUUUGUUGAAUGUGCAUUACAAUGUAAAUUUAUUUUUUUUACAAAAUAACAAAAUAGAUUCACUGUUAUUACCUGAGUGUGGGCAUGCACAAAUUAUUUAUUCAUCAUUGAUCAGCACUUCUUUUAGGCCAUAGAUAUCUUUGUUUUGGGCCCACAUCUUUGAAAAAGAUUUAGAGAAAAUUUUUAUCUAGUAGGUGAGCAUACAUCAACAACAUAUUAUCUUGUGAAGAAAAAAAGUACUAUUGUCAACGAAUAGCAGUGGUAUUAAUAAUGUUAUCUCAUUGCAUUGAGAUUUAAAGUUGUCUCAUCAUUUGUCUUUCUAGUGUUUCAAGAUGUUGUGGUGCAAAUCUUAAGCCUACAAAAUAAACUAUCAUUGCAGGAUACAGAAAUAACUCAUAAACAUAUAAGUAAUUAAUUGUAAAAAAAAUAUUUGUACAUUAGCAAAACCACUGAAAACUGAUUAUGGCCAUACAGUUUGGCAUAAACAAGUUUAGGGGUUUAAAAAAUGUGAAACAAACUCUAGAAGAAAAUUUAUUUAUUCCUUUUUUCUGAUAGAGCACUAAUGUGUUUAACAAUUUUUACAAUUUACACUUACUAACUCAAAUUAUGGUGUAUCCAAUCUCUAUAAAUAAAUACACUGAAAAACUUGUGAA